CUCCUUUACCAGUACUAGAGUACACACACUACAUUUCCCUACCACCAGUCCACCACCACCUGCACUUACCCACCUCUCAGGUUUCAUACUUUUUUGUUCUUUACAAUCAAUUCUCGCUCUCUCUCUCUUGAAUUGAACUGAAAGAAAACCCAAAUUCUGAAAAAAUUUAAAAACCCUUUCAGAAAAAUCAUUUACCAGAAUCACCAAUUAUAUCUUCAGAGACACACACACAGAGAGAGAAAGUGUCAAGAAUCAUGUGAUCUUUUUCUACCUUCUUUUUUUGUAUUCUCUCUCUUUUUCUCAAAAGUGAAAAACACACCCACAACCAAACCCGUUGUUUCCCCUUAUCAUUCUCUUCUAAUUCCUCUUCUUCAAUGGCUUCUAGUGCUUCUAGGUUUAUCAAGUGUGUUACUGUAGGUGAUGGUGCUGUUGGUAAAACUUGUAUGCUUAUCUGCUACACUAGCAACAAAUUUCCCACUGACUAUAUACCAACUGUGUUUGAUAACUUCAGCGCAAAUGUAGUCGUCGAAGGAACGACUGUUAAUUUAGGCCUUUGGGAUACAGCUGGGCAAGAAGAUUAUAAUAGAUUAAGGCCUCUUAGCUACAGAGGAGCGGAUGUUUUCGUCUUAGCGUUCUCGUUAGUCAGCCGUGCCAGCUAUGAAAAUGUACUUAAAAAGUGGAUCCCAGAGCUUCAACAUUUCGCGCCUGGAGUUCCUGUUGUUCUUGCUGGAACUAAAUUGGAUCUUCGCGAAGAUAAGCAUUAUAUGGCUGAUCACCCAGGAUUGGUUCCCGUGAGUACUGCACAGGGUGAAGAACUACGAAAACAGAUAGGGGCGGCUUAUUAUAUUGAAUGUAGUUCAAAAACUCAGCAGAAUGUGAAAGCAGUUUUUGAUGCUGCAAUCAAGGUAGUGAUAAAGCCACCACAGAAGCAAAAAGAAAAGAAGAAAAAGCAACGCCGGGGAUGUUCACUACUCAGGAGUGUGGUUUGUGGUAGGAAGCUCGUGUGUCUGAAAUGAGGUUUCCUAUCCCGACCUCUAAUCAUCUCAGCCGGGACAAUUUCCACGACCUGUCGUCACAGUUUGGAUUUAACUUCCAUCCAUCCAUCUCCUUUUGGUGAUUGGUUUGGGCCUGAAUUACGGUUUCCUGCUAUAUGUAGUUCUAAUCUCUCAUAUUAUAAUCCUUGCAAUUGGCUGUGUUUGAAACACUAAUCUUUUUUGGUAUUGAUUUUUGAUGUAAUUAUGUGAUUACUUUGUUAUCAACUAUCAACUUCCAUUAGAUUUAUUAUUAUAUUCUUUACUUUCAUCAUA